AUGCCUUAUUCAUCUGAUUUUCUUUCAGAAAUAAAGGAUCUUGUUAAAGUCAAGCUUAAUGAAAUUGGAGCAUUUGCAGAUGAAGAACUACCAGAUUACAUAAUGGUUAUGGUGGCGAACAAAAAGAAACGCGAAAGCAUGAUCAAGGAUUUACAACUCUUUCUCGGGUCUCAGACGGAAAAAUUUACUAAUUGGUUAGAUUGCCUUGUCAAUAUUCUCCUUUUAGGCUUCAUGGUGUCCUUGAAUCGAAGGGCCAACAAAAGAGCUCGCGGAAAGAAGCAACAGCUAGCACAUCCAGUUCAAAAUCAAGUAGAGGCCAAAAAAGGGAAAAGUCUAAGCGGUCUUCCCAUGGGUCUAGUUCGACUAGCAAACCUCAACGCACUCGCUCUCGAUCCCACAGACGAAAAUGAAUUUACAGAAGAAAAUGCCCUGCCUCUGGGCGGUGAUCGUGUACAAUCCUCAGCACCAAAGCCGUCUGAGCAGCGGCGCGUUGUUACUACGUCGAGUCUUAGCAACAAAAACGUAACCACAGCUUCUGACAAUAUUCCUGUGGUUCGUUCUGUUGUCAAAAUUUCAACAGCUACUCCUUCUCAAUCAUUACAAUCUGGAGGUGGAGGAGCUCAUGCUGCGGCCGCUGGUGGUAUACUUUUGAAACGCGCAAUGACUGAAGCUCGAGCCAGUACUACCAAGCCUCAAGAAAGACCUGCUGCUGUCGUCCGAGGGAAAAAGCGUCCUAUCCAAAAAUCAACGACAGGUGAUGAUGCGAGUCCUGAGAGUGUGACCCGUUUCGUCGUGACUAUGAGUCAAGAGCCUGUGGUGACUAAGCCCAGCGUCAAAUCUCGUCUUGGUCCGCGAGUUACGCCUUCCACCAACUCCAUUGAGGACAGUGCACUGCGCGACGCCCGCGAGAUUCUCAUCGCAAAAAAGGCUCAAUCAAAGCAACCACGAAUGGAGAUUGUUCUAAGCGACUCGCACGAAGAGGAAAUUGACGAAGCAUUUACACUCGGUGUCCCAGACGAUGGUGAAGGUGAUGGGGCUUCUACUGAAAAGAAACCCUACAGAGGCAAUAUUCCCAGCUCCCUUCAGCGUUGCAAGUAUUGGCCUAAUUGUCGUAAUCAGGAGAGUUGCAACUAUAUACACCCCAAGGAGGAGUGCAAAGCGUUUCCAUCCUGCAAGUUCGGUGACCGUUGCCUGUACAUCCACCCACCUUGUCGCUACGGCCUCCAGUGCACUCGUCCAGGCUGUUCAUUCUCUCACCCAAGACAAGCCCCUUUUUCAUCCCCGAAAGACGCUGCCUCCGCGCCAGCCUUGGUAUCACCCGCCUCGGCCGUCACCUGCCGUUAUUUUCCACACUGUAAGCUACCAGCGGGCGCCUGCCCCUAUUACCAUCCCCCCACUCCUGUGUGCCGCUUCGGCGCGGGUUGUCUGCACAGGGCCACCACGUGUCCCUUUGCGCAUCCCAUGCCUGCCUCCGACUCAGUGCUCGCGGCAGCCGCGGCAAAAACCAUCCCUGCCUUCUCGCACAAACUCAAGUGGGUUGCUCCGGGCAAGUCAGGCACUGCUGCACCCUCUGAUGCAAAAGUCAACCCCUCUGAUAAUCUCCCCAAGGCCUCACCGCCACCCCUUGCACAGUCGACGCCGGCCGAAGUCUCCACUUGA